GAGUUGACGCAUGCGCACUGCUAUGUAAAUAACUGUAGUGGCUAAGCGCUAGUUGUUUGAAGUACUUAGGUAGCUAGACUUUUUAAAGUAAACCACUAACUAUUAUUGGUUUUUAGUAAAGCUAUUUGGAAACGUAAGUGAUAGGUGAUUGUGUAGGGGGGUUAAUAAUCGUUGCAGCUGCGAGAACCUCUUUAAUAAACCUCAUGUUUACAACUUCGCCCUGCUAGCUAGCUAGCUUUCAGGCUAACGGUGCUAGCUGCCCAGGCAGUAGCAGGAUGACAGGUAAACCAGCUGGCUAGUCUGUGAGCGGUCUGGUUAGCUGAGUAGCAGGAUACACUGCAUAAGCGUCAGAUGUGGUGUAUAUUCAACAUUUCAACGUUUUAAUAAUAAACAAAAAGGGUGCAAGUGCAGCUAAUAAUCAGGUGGUGGAUUACAAUUUCGGUGGAUUACAAUCAGAUCCAGUGCCUAGAAAAGUGGAAAUUGGUUAAUCCUAGAGGAAUUCGCCAUGUUAUCUGAAAACAGGAAACGGCAGCGUACUCAAGGCGAUGAUGAUGAUGCACUUCUGAUGCCUCAGGCCAAAAGAUCAAGCACAACACUCCAGUGUUCUGAGGGGAGCAGAGAAGCAUGGGAGUCUGAGUCCUCCAGCAGUGACAGCAGUGGAGUCAGUAGUCCAGAGCACGCAGCUGGGGCCAGCAGCAGCGCCAGCAGUCAGUAUGGAGCCGAAAACCUCAGGUCCUGCAGUCCACAUAGUUCCUCAGACCAAACCGAAGCCACAAGCCUGGCCUCGUACGAACAUAUCAACCGUGUCCUGAGAGAGGCUCACUUCCAGAGCCUACACAACAGAGGUCAGUCACGGGAUAGGUGACUUUCAGAGAGUGUCACAUCUCUGACAGUGAUCCCUUCACUCUACCUGAGCGCCUGGCUACGUUCCCCAGGAGACAGCGUAGAGAUCAUCAACAAGUUUAUUCUGACUUUUACAUGCUAGAGCUCUCAUUUGUGAUUAGUGUGAUUUUUUUGAAUUGAAAGUGUGGCCUGAAACUGUAAAACUAUUGACUAAUUAGAGCACAAAAGGAUUCACAUUGUAAGCAAUAAUAGCUUGGUGGCAAUGCAACCUUUUGUGACAUACACACUGUGUAUUUUUCUUCUGAACACACCAGUUUACAUGUAAAUGAGAGCUUCAUUGCGGGUGGAACUGCUCCUGGUGCAUAUUAUCGUUUCAUUGCUGGUUCACUUGUGCACUUGGGGGGGUAUGGGGUAAUCACAUUUUCAACAAUCUAGAAAUCUUUUGUUUAUUUAUUGAACUCGAUUGUUAAGUUGGCACUUGAUGUAUGUUGAUGUGAGGUAUAAACCCAUGUUUGUAAGAACAAGCCCCUGGGUUUGUAACUCUUAGCGAUGGAACAGCCAUACACCCUUCCUCUUACAUCAGCUCACUGAUAUGUGAUUACGUUUCCAUCCCCCCAUCUCUUACUAGCUCUUUAUCCAAUGGUCAUGUGGAUCCAAUUAAAUUGCAAGAUUACUUGUUGUUUAUUUUUACUAUAUAUUUUUAUGGAAACAUUGGAUGAUAUUUUACAUUCAUGUCACCUACAUUUUAAAAAUAAAGAUGGCUGUUCCUAAGUACGAGUGCAACUUUAUUAAAAAUGAAAAUGGCAACCCUG